CUGUUCCUCUGAAGAUGCUCGGGUUGUGUGGGAUGUGUGUGUCGUCCUGUUUGGAUCUACAUGCUGCACAUUGGGCUAAUCACUAGCCGCCUCGCGCAGUAGCGCAUCAGGGUAUCGACACCGUUUACCUUCUUCCUCCUCCCUCUCCUCCUCCUCGUCCUCUCGGCCCGGGCUCGGUGGGAUGGAAGCCCUGGCCGGAAGCUUGUUUGUGGUCCGAGGCUCUUGACACAUUCAAAAAAUUAUUAUUUUUCCCCCAAAAAAUGCCGCUGAAAUGGAAAAGCGCUUCUCCCGUGAGCUGGAAAUUCCCCGUUCCUGUCCUUAAAACCUCCCGGUCCUCUCCGUUAUCACCGGCUUACAUAUCCCUGGUGGAGGAUGAUGAUGCGCAUAUGAAGGUGUCUCUUGGCUGUGGUGAGAUGGGGCUCUCCGCCCACCUGCAGGCAUCCAAGACGGGCAACACCCGCUUCUUCACCAGUAACACACACAGCUCUGUCGUCUUACAAGGUUUCGACCAGUUAAGGAUAGAAGGGCUGCUGUGCGACGUCACGUUGGUGGCCGGUGACGGCGACGAGGCGUUUCCUGUCCACCGAGCCAUGAUGGCGUCAUCCAGCGACUAUUUCAAAGCCAUGUUCACAGGUGGGAUGAAGGAGCAGGACCUGAUGUGCAUCAAGCUGCAUGGUGUGAACCGCAUCGGCCUGAAGAAGAUCAUCGACUUCAUCUACACAGCCAAGCUCUCGCUCAACAUGGAGAACCUGCAGGACACCCUGGAGGCAGCCAGCUUCCUGCAGAUCCUCCCGGUGCUCGACUUCUGCAAAGUGUUCCUCAUCUCCGGGGUGUCUCUGGAGAACUGCGUGGAGGUGGGGCGCAUCGCUAGUGCGUACAAUUUGGCCGAGGUGGACAAAUACGUGAACAACUUCAUCCUGAAGAACUUCCCGGCGCUCCUUGGAACCGGCGAGUUUGUAAAGCUACCUGUAGAGAGACUAGCCUUCGCUCUGUCCUCUAACGGUCUGCGGCGCUGCAGCGAGCUGGAACUGUUUAAAGCAGCGUGUCGCUGGCUGCGGGCGGAGGACGGGCGCAUGGAGCACGCGGCGCGUCUCAUGCGCAACGUCCGCUUCCCGUUGAUGAGCCCGAGCGAGCUCAUCAAUCACGUGCAGACGGUGGACUUCAUGCGCACGGACAAUGCGUGUGUCAACCUGCUUCUGGAGGCCAGCAACUACCAGAUGAUGCCCUACAUGCAGCCAGUGAUGCAGUCCGAGCGCACGGCUAUCCGCUCCGACAGCGCACAUUUAGUGACUCUGGGUGGCGUCCUGCGCCAGCAGCUGGUGGUCAGUAAGGAGCUGCGGCUGUUCGAUGAGAAGGCACACGAGUGGCGUGCGCUGGCGCCAAUGGACGCCCCUCGCUACCAGCACGGCAUCGCCGUCAUCGGCAACUUCCUGUAUGUCGUCGGAGGACAGAGCAACUACGACACCAAAGGGAAGACCGCAGUGGACACGGCCUUCCGCUACGACCCGCGCUACAACCGCUGGAUACAGGUGGCCUGCCUCAACGAGAAGAGGACCUUCUUCCAUCUGAGCGCACUCAAGGGCCACCUGUACGCCGUCGGGGGCAGGAACGCUGCUGGAGAGCUCGCAACGGUGGAAUGUUAUAAUCCCAGGACAAACGAGUGGACGUACGUGGCCAAGAUGAACGAGCCGCACUACGGCCACGCGGGAACAGUGUACGGAGGUUACAUGUACAUUUCAGGCGGUAUUACACACGACACCUUCCAGAAGGAGCUGAUGUGCUUCGACCCAGAGGCGGACCGGUGGACGCAGAAGGCCCCCAUGACGACGGUGCGUGGGCUGCACUGCAUGUGCACGGUGGGCGACCGGCUCUACGUGAUCGGCGGCAACCACUUCCGAGGCACUAGUGACUACGACGACGUCCUUAGCUGCGAGUACUACAGUCCGGCGCUGGACGUGUGGACAGGCAUCGCGGCCAUGUUGCGCGGCCAGAGCGACGUGGGCGUGGCCGUGUACGACAACAAGAUUUACGUGGUGGGCGGAUACUCGUGGAACAACCGCUGCAUGGUGGAGAUCGUACAGAAGUACGACCCGGACAAGGACGAGUGGCAUAAAGUGUUCGACCUGCCCGAGUCACUGGGGGGGAUACGGGCGUGCACGCUCACUGUGCACCCUCCGGACGAGCUGGCAAUGGCGGGGUCGCCCAGCCGAGAGUCACCUCUGUCUGCCCCUUGAAAACGGAGGGGGGAGAGAUGGAAAGAGAGGGAGAAAGAUGCUGCAACACAGACCCAUAGACGACUAGAAGGACUCGCAGUUUGCUUUGCUCGGUUCACAUCUCUCCCUCCGUGGGGUCUCUUUCUUUCUCUCUCUCUCUCUCUCUCUCUCUCUCUCUCUCUCUGUCUCUCGCCAGGAAAAAAAAAAGACAAUGUUUGCACUUGGUCCCCACCCCCUAUUUUUGUCUGUGGUGAAGCCCCUCCCUUCCUUUCUGCGAUCUAUGCUGAAGAACCCUCAUUCCUUUAGCCCUUUAUCCUUCACCUCCACUCUUAUUAUUAUUAUUAUUAUUAUUAUUAUAAUUUUUUUGAAAUGGGAAAGAGAAAUUGGGACACCACCUCGGUUGGGCAACCUAAUUAUAUCUUGAUGUUACUUUUUUAUUGUUAUUAUUAUUUGUUUUUACUUCUCACCUUAUUUGGCAGGAAUAAUCUUGACUUGAAAAAAAACAACAACAAAAACAGUGACUUUGCAAUUCAACUUUUCUACCUGACGCCUCUGGAGUUUUCAGUAUGCUGGUAUCGUCGUCCUGUCCACAAGCCUGGAGUCCUAAACUACAGCACACAGUAUCACCUCCAUCCCUCGUUUCCACUCUCUCGCUCCUUUUUUUUUUUUUUUUUCUCCUUCAUUGCCCUUCUUUCUCAUCACUCAUUCCUCAUUUUAAAAUCAUUCUCAAUCACACUCUCUGCCACUGUUCUCUCUCUCUCUCUGUCUCUCGCUCUGUCUCUCUCUCUCUCUCUCUCCCUCUACCCCUCCUCUCUCUCUGUCUCUCUCUGCCUCUCUUGCUCUGUCUCUCGCUCUGUCUCUCUGUCUCUCUCUCUCUCUGUUUCUCUCUCUCUGCCCCUCCUCUCUCUCUGUUUCUCUCUCGCUCUCUCUCUGCCCCCCCUCUCUGUGCCCCCCUCUCUCUCUUACUCUGUCUCUGUGUCCUCCACUAGGGGGUUAGUUGACCUUUUGACUUCAGGAAGAGGAAACAGAUUUCAACUCAGGGGCUGGCCUGCCCCCCCUCCCCUCACUCCCACAUCAAACUCUCCCACAAUGACAUUUCAUUACUUUGUUCCUGCUGUUGUUAUGAACCGUUAAGAAAAAUGGUGUUUUCUAAAAUUUAAUAAACCAGAUUUUGAGCAAA